AUGUUUUCCGCAGUGUUGAGAAAGCGUGCCCUUCAAUCACCAUCUCUGCCAUAUCAAUUAGCAAGAUGUUAUGCCUCGAAAUCUUUCCCUCCCCAUACCGUAGUCACUAUGCCAGCUUUAUCGCCAACCAUGACUUCAGGUAACAUUGGAUCGUGGCAAAAGAAGCCGGGAGAUGCAAUUGUUCCUGGUGAUGUAUUGGUAGAGAUUGAGACCGAUAAGGCGCAAAUGGACUUUGAGUUCCAAGAGGAAGGUGUUUUGGCUGCCAUCUUGAAGCAAUCUGGAGAGAAGGAUGUUGCUGUUGGAAAUCCAAUUGCUGUGAUGGUUGGAGAAGGAGAGGAUACAUCGGCUUUCGCGGAUUUCACACUCGCAGAUGCAGGAGGAGAGAAGUCUGCACCACCACCACCAAAGGAGGAAGCCAGUCAAUCUUCCGAGAAAUCUGAUACACAAUCUGGAACUGCUCCCCCUCCCCCAACCGAAUCGACCCCAGCUCCGGAGGAAUCCGCUUCAAGUGGUGGAAGAUUACAACCUGCUAUGGAUAGAGCAAUCAAUGCUAGCUCUGCGGCUAUUAAAUUGGCAAUUGAUACCGGUGUUAAGAUUACUGGUGUCAAGGGUACUGGACUCGGUGGACAAGUUACUGAGGCUGAUGUCAAGAAGGCUUCUUCUGGAGCUUCAAGCAGUGGCGCACCAGCUGCUGCUACUGCCAGCUACGUCGAUACUCCUAUCACAUCUAUGCGUAAGACUAUCGCCAACCGUCUUACCGAGUCUGUGAACCAAAACCCCCACUACUUUGUCGCCUCUACUGUUUCCGUCUCCAAGCUCAUCAAGCUCCGCACAGCUCUUAACGCUUCCGGAGAAGGGAAAUACAAGCUCUCAAUCAAUGACUUCUUGAUCAAGGCAUGUGCUAUUGCAUGCAAGAAGGUUCCAGCUGUCAACUCAAGUUGGAGAGAUGGUUUCAUCCGUCAAUUCAGCAACGUUGAUGUCAGCGUUGCCGUUGCCACUCCAGUUGGUCUCAUGACCCCAAUUGUCAAGAAUGUCGAAGGACUCGGUCUCGAAUCCAUUUCAGCACAAGUCAAGGACCUUGGCAAACGUGCUCGUGAUGGUAAACUCAAGCCAGAUGAAUAUCAAGGUGGAACUUUCACCAUCAGCAACAUGGGAAUGAACAGCGCUAUUGAUCGAUUCACUGCUGUCAUCAACCCACCUCAAGCCGCCAUUCUCGCUGUAGGAACCACUCAAAAGGCAGCUAUCCAAGGUGCAGAUGGAGGAAUUGAAUGGGAUGAUCAAAUUACUGUUACUGGAAGCUUCGACCAUAAGGUUGUUGAUGGUGCUGUUGGUGCUGAAUGGAUGAAGGAGUUCAAGAAGGUUGUUGAAAAUCCUUUGGAGUUGUUGCUAUAG